GUAAGAGUGUGUCAGAAAUAUAGGUGACUGUGCUGACGAACAGUUUUCACAUCUUUGCAGUCUGGUGUACGUAGAUAUUUUAAGUUCUUCCUCGUUCAUAUUUUAUUUACUAUAUUGUUACGCCACAAUAUAUAAUAACUAUACUCAGUUCCCGCACCCAUGGUGUACCCAAAGUGUGGAAGGAAUAAAAUAUGUGUCCUGUCUCUCAACCUGUGCUGACAACACGUGGUGCUGCGCCAGUGAAGCGGAGAAAGACGGUCUUUCCUUCUUUCAUGUUUCCUUUCCCAUUAUGACCCAUCGACCCCACGCGGCUACUGUCCAACGUCCAGGACCAAUGGUCUGGAACCUGCGAGCACGAGCAUGUGGUGAAUGUGUGAUUGUGUGUGUGUGUGCGUGCGAGUGUGUUUGUGUGUGUACACGUGUGUGUGCGCGUGUGUAGCCCUUGUGUCUGGCCUGCUGGCUGGCCGUGUAGGUCUCCACCACACGAAAGCGACGUCUAGCGUCAGCUUCUAUAGCAACCGCCGUGUCAACGUCGCUCAUCAAUCAUCUUGCACAGUCCAGCGACCACCGCGCCCUCUUGCGCACACACACACACACUGGCCAGGUAACGGAUGACUUGCAGGCAGGUUGGUUUUGCCCCUUGCCAUCAGUUUUUCAACGGACCGCCAUCAUGAUCCUGGCCACACGCCGUCACCUGGACAUGUCAGGGGUCACACUCGCAGUCAUCUUCGCAGCGAUGGGCUCGGUGUCGUGCAGCGUGCCGUCGACACGUGUGGUGUACUACCUCCACACUGUACCUGCCACCUGGAGCGCUGCACGUAGCAUGUGUGAGAGCUACAGCGCCGUCCUCAUCUGCCUGGCUGACGUCAACACCACCACCGCCAGCGUCCGCUACGUCGACACGAAGACGUGGGGUGGACAGUUAGCAGCGGCGCAGCAAAAGGGAUUGUGGACUGGACUGUACAGAAAAUCUGACAACACGACCCUGUGGCACGGAUGCACGCCCUCACUGAGGUCACCCGACAAUCAGUUUUGCUACAAAGCCGGAGCAGACUUCACUUUGUUCCCUGCGGACUGCAACGAGGAAUUGCAGUACAUCUGUCAACUGAAUGAUGGUCAGUGUUGGUUCCAGCCCUGGUCCAACCACAAGGUUGACGACAGCAGCGCUCUUGUCAACAGCACGACGACCGACGACGAGAGCGCGUGCGCCAAGCUGUGCCGGGACAACAUGAAGAACGACCAAGAGUGUUGGGCUUUCUCCUUCACUGAAUCCACCAAGCACUGCGUCUUGUACUUCACGAAUGAGAACCACAAAUACGCUCUGACGAACAGAUACUUUGUCAACGAGACAGGCACCACUGUCUACGAGAAGAUUUGCACAGGAGGUUGGACGAGUGCGCUGAGUGCUCCCAACUCAAUCAACGGCAAUCCACUUGACGAGAACUGUACUUCCGGCGCCAGCGGAGACGCCUGGGACUCCAGCAUCUGCUACUGCGAAUGUAGUCAGCCGCCAGUCAUCCUCACAGCCGAGGAUCUUGUCAAGACCGACGAUGAAAAAGCAGAAGAAAUCCAAAAGGAGCUGUACGUGGACCCCGACAACACGUCCAGUACUCGUCGAAAAAAAAUCAGUGUUGAGGACAACCGCCCGAGCGCGCAGAGCAUCGGCUACGUCGGCGUCGUCAUCAUGGCUGUCGUCUUUGGCGGCAUCAUCCUUCUUGACCUGCCUGUUCUGAUCUCCCACGGGAAGGACCUCGUCGUGCGACUACAUAAAAUGUGUACUCGAUCAAAGACCCCUCAGAAGUAGAUCGAAGAAUGCAGGUGGACAUCAGUGCUCUUUAAGACGACCAUUGCGUGGACAAGUGACUGCAGGACUUGAAGCCAAAGAAGCAGACAGCGAUUUUUGUGAGAGGUUUUAGGGCGACAGUUUCUCUAAAGACUAGCCAGGAAUGGCUGAAAUAUGAACUGUAUAUUAUUUUAAACCCUAAACCUCAUUAUCUAUUAAUUUUUAUUGUAAACUAUAGUAUGUACAUAUUAUUUGUGAGUGUGCUUGGCAGGGGACGCCCCUUGGAUUACUUGGAUGACGUUUGUUAGCUGUUCACAAAACUAUUUCCUAGCUAGUCUGAUACCUGUGUGACGCCAUUACUCCCACAGGUGACCUACCUGUUGAAUUCGUACUGAUGAGUUAAGGCUGUUAAGCGAAUAAGGGGAAAAAACAAGUGGCUUCCCUCAAACCCCAAAUACCCGUUGCCUAAAGAGCUGCUGAGGACAUCAAAAGUACAAGAGUUUGACUGUUUCUUGCUUGACGCACAUAAAGCGAUAAAUCAAAAGUUGACACACACUACAAAAACAAACAAACAAACAAAACACAGCUUCAAGAGUGGGCGACAGAAUAACACAGGAGAAACCAGGUACACUGGAUUGUAGAAAUUAUAAACAUGAUUCAACUUUUAAAUCUCAACAUAAUCCUCACAAAAGUCAUUUCCAGUUAAAAAUAACUUGUGAUAAUUACUGCAUGACUGGGCAAUAAAACCUUGUGAUUUUUGCAUAGCAUAGAUAUAUAUAUGCAUAAUAUGUACACAUUGUAUUUAUCAAUAGCCUGAGAGUUCUGUGUAUCAAACUUGAUUUACCUAUACUAAACAGAAAACGUGCACCAACACACACACAUGUAUACACACACACACAAACACAUGCACACUCACGGGCAUGCACCACAUACAACAAACAGUGCACUGGCAGGGUUCAAAUAUCAUUGUAAGCACCUGCCAUUUUUUUCUGUUUGAAAAACUGCAACAGUGCAUAUUUUUAUUAACCCUCACAGUUAUUAUUAUCCAUAACUAUCAUAUUAAUGUAUAUAAAACUUUGUGAAGAGGCAUUACAAGAGAAAUAAAAUAAAAUAAAAAGUG